AUGAAGAAGAAGCAGUCUCCAUAUCCUGUGUAUCCAGCUCCAAUUGAGCUCUGUCAUGCAGCCCGUUUCCUGGGGCGAGAGAGCAACCCAUAUGUAUCAUUUGACGCAAUUUCCAAGCAUGCUGGAUACUUGGAAAAUGGCCUUGCGACACUGCAUCCAUCAACCUUGUACAAAGGAUAUAAAGCCAAACUUGCUGCCUGCGAGACUGCCUGCCAGCAUCUUGUGAUAACUGCGUGGGAAAUUGAGGAAUCUGAACGUUUUACUGCAUUCCUUGAUGCCCUGCAUGCCGAAAAUGAAGACCAACUGGGAUUGGUGGACAAAGAGUUGCAGAGGUUUAGAGAUUAUCUUCAAGCCAUCUAUGAAGAUGAAUGCGAAAUCCUUUGUGUUACCUCAGCCCAAGCUGAACAGAUCUCCAAGAUCUUAGGUUCACGGGUCAAAGAUGCUUUCUUGCAAUCCGGAGCUGCGGAAUCGCGACCCUGUAGUCUAGAUAUUCCUGAUGAUGAAGACGACCCCAUCAUUCUAGACAGUUCUGAAGAUCUGGAUUCCAAAGAAGAGUGUCCUGGGGUGGGGGCUGGCAAAACGUCUCACCAGCCACAUGCCCUUCCAAUUGUGGACAUCACCUUCUCGCUGCUUUUGAUGAUGUCUGGUCUGAAUCCUUCGCACUUCCCUGCAAAUACCCAGAUGGAUCUCAGCGACGAACAACCAGAGGAGCCAACAUCAAAUGCUUUCGAUCCGCAUUCGUAUACACAUUCCAGUUUUGUGCCCUUCAACUACAAUGAUGACACUCAUGCUGGCCCAUCAUCAAGUGCUGGUCUUAAUCCAUCAUCAAGCGCUAACUUGCACUACAGUAACUAUACCGAUCCAUCCUUCAGUACACAUUCUGGUCAUGCACCCUUCAACUACGAUGAUGAUGCUCAGUCUGGCCCAUCAUCAAGCGCUGGUCUUGGUCCAUCAUCAAGCGCUAACUUGCAUCAUACACCCUUCAACUAUGAUGACAACACUCACGCUGGCCCAUUGUCAAGCACCAACUAUUCACUGCCUAACUAUCAUCCAGACGAGCUUUCAGCACUUGACGAUAUGUCAGGUAUUGCAUCCAAUCCGCAUCACAUCCAAGUACCGUACUCGUCCACUGAAGCUGAACCAUCUCUGGGACCUCAGCACAAUCCUCUCCCCAUUACAGUGGGGGAGAUACCGGUCUCACAAGUCAUUCAUACUACAGGACCUGCACAAUCAUCUGAUAGAUGGCGACAUGCUCGAAAGUUGCCUGGAACCCCAUAUCUCACUCGUCAAGACUCUGAUGUAUGGGCCAACAUUGCCGCGACAACAGAGGUGAACGUUACUGUGGUGCAAGCAACCCCAGGGGCCCCAGACGAUAAUCGUUACUUCAUGGUCACGGGAGCCGUCCGUGACCAAAUAUUUCAGCAUGCAAAAGAACUUGCAAUGGGGGUUAUAUUCACAAAAGAGGCAAUGGCCUCAUCGACUGAUGACAAAAACUGUAUCGUCAAGAAUCUCCUUCGACAAGCAACACCAAAAUUUCCAGGGCUUUCUGGAACACCACGCUGGAGCAAUAAAAGUAAGGACAUUAUGAAGAUAUGGUGCAAUAUCAUUGUUGUGCGCACAGUGCUCAUGACGUUCACUCGAGAUGGAAUUGUCAUGGCGUACGACCUUUUCCCUCCGCAGGGCAGCCAAUUUCCCCCUGAGGCCUUCCGUGUCACUCGAUGGGACACUCACAAUUCACGCAAAGUUCAAGAAUCUUUACGCUGCAUGAUGGGAUUAGCUGCCACAUUCACGAAAUGCACGCUGAUGGAACAGGGACGUGAGGUGCUCAGUGCUGCAUGUAGGUUAUCUCCAGAGGCAAACUCUUCGAUGUUUGAUGGUAUCUGCUCAGAGAUGGAUGAUCUCAGCAUUGAGGAGGAGGCUGACUUGGACAAGUGGAUAGAUCACAUAGUGGUUUGUGGUGUUUCUCAACAGCAUAUUAAGGUCGAGCUCUCUGAUUUCAACUUGGACUCAUACUCAGACUGA